AUGUCACCUUCUGCUCUCUCGCUUACCGAGGAAUACCCGUUGUCGUUGAAAGACUUGCAGUCGAUCAACCACGACACACUCGGCAACUAUGACAACCAUGGCGUCAGGAAAUCAAAGCAGUUGAUUGGGGAGGCGCUGAAGAGCCGUGUUGAGGCCAUCGACCACGAUAUCUGUGGCGUUGGCGACGAGGAUGCUUUCUUCAUCGCCGACUUGGGCGAGGUCUACCGCCAGCAUUUGCGCUGGAAGAAGAACUUGGCGCGUGUCAAGCCGCACUAUGCCGUCAAGUGCAACCCGGACCCGCAGGUCCUGCGCCUCAUGACUGCGCUAGGACUCGGCUUCGAUUGUGCGUCCAAGAACGAGAUCGAGACGGUCCUGAACAUCGGCGUCGACCCCUCUCGCAUCAUCUAUGCUCAGCCCUGCAAGACCAAGUCGUACGUCCGCUACGCCGCCCAGGCUGGCGUCAAGCAGAUGACCUUUGACAACGCCGACGAGCUCUACAAGACCAAGCAGCUCUUCCCAGACGCCGAGCUGUACCUGCGCAUCUUGACGGAUGACUCGGGCAGUCUGUGCCGUCUGAGCCAGAAGUUCGGUGCAUCUCUGGACACCACCACCGAGCUGCUUGAGCUGGCGAAGAAGCUGCAGCUCAACGUUGUUGGCGUUGCGUUCCAUGUUGGUUCCGGCGCAUCCGACCCGAAGGCCUUCAUCAAGGCUGUGCAGGACGCCCGCUUCGUCUUUGACCAGGCGGCCAUCCUUGGCUUCAACAUGCAUACCCUUGACGUUGGUGGCGGUUUUACGGGAGACAUUACCUUCGAGCCCAUGGCUGCAGUGCUUUCUGCUUCGUUGGACGAGUACUUCCCGCCACACAUCCGCGUCAUCGGCGAGCCUGGACGCUACUACGUCUCCACGGCCUUUACUAUCGCCUGUCACGUCAUUGCUCGUCGCACUGUGGCUGACGCUACCCUGGGCACGACGUCAUACAUGCUGUACCUAAACGACGGCGUCUACGGCAACUUUUCCAGCAUCAUCUUCGACCACCAGCAUCCCGUGCCACGCGUCUUGAAGUCUGGCAACGACGUCUUGUACGAUAUCCGUCGCUCGGGCUACGACACGCCGAGCCAGGUCGAAUACUCCAUCUGGGGUCCCACCUGCGACGGCAUCGACAUCAUCUCCUCGUCGUGCACGUUCAGCGAGCAGCUCGAUGUGGGUGACUGGCUCUACUUUGAGGACAUGGGUGCUUACACCAAGUGCUCUGCUACUCGCUUCAACGGCUUCACCGACUGCCACGACGUUGUGUAUGUGUGCAGCGAGCCUGGUGCCACGGCAUUGAUGGGCCUCUAG